AUGAGAGUUGUCAUACAGAAGGUGAAAUCCGCUUCGGUCACAGUGGAUGAUAAGGUGAUCUCACAGAUAUCCAAGGGGCUGAUGCUGCUGGUGGGGAUCUCCACCGAAGACACCGCAGAAGACGUUGAAAAGUUGGCCUCGAAAGUGUUGAAGCUGCGGGUAUUUGAAGACAUGUCGAAUCCACCAGAGACAAAGACAAAAUGGUAUGGGAAGCCUUGGCAGAAGUCUAUAGUUGAUAUCAAGGGCGAGAUUUUGUCGGUUUCGCAGUUCACGCUAUAUGCUAGCAUCAAGAAGGGAACGAAGCCUGAUUUUCAUAAGGCGCAGAAGGGCCAUUUGGCAGUUGAACUGUAUGACGAGUUCCUAAAGAAGCUCAAAAGCGCAAUUGGAAGUGAAAAUGUCAAGGAUGGACAAUUUGGUGAGAUGAUGGACGUUUCGUUGGUUAAUGACGGGCCUGUGACGAUUGUGUGGGAUACGAAAGAUAAGUAG